UUUACAUCUCAUUUAUAAGUAAACUCUUCACAAUGGAGGUUGAGCCGCAGCGGAGUACUUUCUACAUUUCCUUACUAUUAUUUUUUCUGACUUGGCCAGUUGAAACACUCGAACCCACCGGAAUAUGCGUCUAUGUCAGCAAAUACAGAUUGAACUGGUUCGAAGCCCUUUUCACCUGUCAAAAAAAGGGCAUGUGCCUGGCUGAUAUAGACACGGGCUUUACUGUUCUAGCCUUAACGUCACAUUUGCACGGAGACGAUCGGACUGAUAUCUGGUUUGGAUUAACUGCAUUCGAGAGGAACAAUUAUAGAUACAUCUCCAACAACAAACUCGUGGACUAUACACCCAAAGACUCUGUACUCGUAAACAACGGAAGUUGUGCCUUUUUGAAGCCCGUAGAUCCAUUGUACACCUUUGCUUCAGGAGAUUGCACCGUUCGUAAGCGAUUUGUCUGCACCCAAACGGAUAUGUGCAAUGGAGCUCGUAUGAGGAAACCCAAAGCAUCCUGUACCGUUCCCGACUACGCCAAAGAAAUUUUGUCUCUCUAAAUACAUAUAAAUUAUUUUUAGCGUUUGUAAUAAUUUUUGCAUGCUUGAUUUUUCUGGAUUCCAAUAAAAAUAUACUAUUUGGCA